AUGACAUCCGAGACUCAGCCUUACAACGUACGCAAUCGCCGGCCUUCAGCGACAGAGAACCUUAUCGAUGCCGCUAAAAACAUUGAAUCAAAGGUUGAGAAUUCACUUCUUCUUCUAUGGGAUGACCUUCCUGCCUGGCGUCGCGAUAAUGGAUUCAUCCUUUCUGGCUAUCGCCAGUCUCAAAACUCCUAUGCGCACUCUUUCCGUUCUCUCUUCUAUCUCCACAACGAGUCUGUCAACAUCUGGUCUCAUCUUAUCGGCGCCAUAAUCUUUCUUGGUAGCGCAGCCUAUGUUGACCGAGUUGUUCGGCCUCGAUAUGCGAGCGCAAGUAGCGCCGAUGUUCUCGUCUUUGCAUGCUUCUUCGGGGGCGCUGUGGUGUGUCUUGGGAUGAGUGCGACCUUUCACACAUUGUCGAAUCACAGCGAUACUGUUGCGAAGUGGGGAAACAAGUUGGAUUACACAGGCAUCGUGGCUUUGAUUGUUGGGAGUUAUGUUCCAGCUCUGUAUUACGGCUUUUUCUGUCUGCCCAACCUGAUGACUGCAUAUCUCUGGGUCAUAUGUAUCCUUGGAAUUGGUUGCACCUUUGCUUCAUGGGUUGACCGGUUCCGUACUCCGACAUGGCGUCCCUAUCGUACAAUAAUGUUCGUUGGACUUGGCCUCUCAGGCGUUGUCCCUGUCAUCCAUGGAGCUUUUAUCUAUGGCUUCCAAGGUCUUGAAGACCGGAUGAGUCUUAGUUGGGUUGUUCUCCACGGCGCCAUGUACAUUUUUGGCGCUUUCCUUUAUGCAGUUCGCUGGCCCGAAAGAAGUGCCCCUGGCGCAUUUGACAUCUGGGGAAGUUCACAUCAGAUCUUCCACUUCUUUGUUAUCCUCGCAGCUGUCACUCACUUUUAUGGCAUGGCCAAGGCUUUUGACUACCACCAUACUAUUAUGGGCUCUCAAUGCCUUAUGGAUUGA